AUGAUUCAUUCGCAUUCAACGCCUGCACCUGACAUCCUCCCCGCCCGUGCUCCCGACGUAGCGCUGCUCCAGCGUGACUGGACCCUCGACGCAAUCCUCAACCUCGUGCACACUCCGGGAGAGCCGAACGCGCCGUUGGCCACACAAACCUCCGAAAUUGGUCGUCGGGACGCUGAAUCGGGACUUUGCCGCGUCUCUCAGGCCGCAAUCAUCGACGACCCGCUAGUCCCCACGUCGGCGGCUGAGACGGGCGCAUCGAUCCCCGUCUCUACCGCCUUCUAUCCCGGCGCCCCGUUCGACGCCGGACCCGAAGAUGUCGUCCUCGUCUCUAGGGACCUCGCCCUCUUCUACGCCCACUCCAGCGUUCUCAACAACUCCAGCAACCACUUCGACUCCCUGCUACCUGCGACGAACCCGGACCCCAGCGUUCCUUGCGUCGUCUACAUACCCGAGGACGCUCAGGUCCUCAACGCCCUCCUGCACUUUAUCUACGACCUCUGCUGCGCGCACUACUCGCCCGCCUUCGCGCACGCCGAGCGCGCGCUCGAAGCGCUCCCCCGGUACGGCUUCUCGGUCCGCUCCGCCGUCGCUCCCGGCCGCGCGGCGUUCGACCUCUUCGCGAACGCUUACGCGCCGAUGGACGUCUACGCCCUCGCGGGCGCCUAUAACCUUAUGAGCCUCGCGGUCGCCACCUCUGCGCACCUGCACGCGUUCCCGCUCCCGAGCGUCGACGACGCACUCGCGGAGCGCAUGGGGGCCCGGUAUCUCCGCCGCCUGUUCUUCCUCCACCUCGGCCGGACGGACGCGCUGAAGCGCCUCUUGCUCGCGCCGCCGGAGCAGCACCCGCCCAGCCCCGUCUGUAGCACCGGGGAACAGAUGAAGCUCACGCGCGCGUGGGCGCUGGCGUGCGCGUAUAUAGGCUGGGAUUCGAAGCCGAGCCUCACAGCUUCCGAGAUCCGGGCGGCGAUGAAUCCCCUGGCCGAUGGCCUCGUGUGCGCGCAGUGCAGGAUGGCGUUCCGCGAACGUGUCUCGACGUUGGUCGCGAACUGGGCUGCGGUCAGGACCACCAUCGUGGAAGACCUCGAUACCUGCUCGCGGUAA